AUGACACUCACGGAGGAGGUGGCGGUGCUGGUGCUGCUCUUGAUUUCUGCAGCAGCUGCGCAGAUCGGGCCGCGAAUUGUUGGCGGACAGACCUGCGGCGAACACUCCCAGCCUUGGCACGUGGCCCUUUAUGAUAUGAACCGGUUCUAUUGCAGCGGGACUCUGCUGAACAGACAGUGGGUGCUGACCGCAGCACACUGCAAAAUGCCAGGCCCCACCUACAUACGCCUGGGAGUAAGCAACAUGACCAUCUCAUCACGUGGUGAACAGCAGAGAAGGGGGACGGCGUUCGUGGUGCACCCAAAGUACAGCCCUACCAGCAAGGACAAUGACAUCAUGAUGAUCAAGCUCUCCUCAUUGGUGGACAUCAACGACAGAGUCCAGCCCCUCAGUGUGGCCAAUCGGUGCGUCUCUCCUGGAACACAAUGUCUCGUGACAGGCUGGGGCACGGUCACCAGCCCUAAAGUAACCAUUCCUGAAGCACUGCAGUGCGCUUACCUGCGUGUCAUCCCUCAGAGGGAGUGCGAGAGCAUAUAUCCUGAUGCCAUCACAAGCAACAUGCUGUGCGCCGGUGAGAGGGAAGGAAAUGUCGACUCCUGUCAGGGUGACUCUGGGGCUCCCCUCAUCUGUGAUGAAAAGAUUCAGGGCAUCGUGUCUUGGGGUCCGGAAGUGUGUGGCCAGCCUGGGAAGCCUGGUAUCUACACCAAGGUCUGCAACUAUGUGGACUGGAUUCAGCGGACAAUAAGGCGCAUGUGA